GUAUGGAUUGCUCACUCACUGAAGCAGCAAGCACACUCAUCUCUCUUUGGGCUUUUAAUCUUCUACACACAGGCUUGCUGUACAGAUUUUUCUAACUGUAUAUUUCAAGCCUGCUACACUUCUAUCAUAUACCAAUGUUGGAUUUUUUGUGGAUUUUUGUCUUAUCAGUGGAUUUGUGUGAAAUCUUCUUUGUUUGUGGGUUAUUGUGAAAAAGCUGAUUUUAAUUGACAGAAGACUAACAGCUUAACUAAAGCUUGAAGUCAAAGCAAGAUGGCAGUGAUCAACUUGUUGAUAUUCUCCCUUCUUCUGUCUGAUUGUGUGGCACUGAAAAUUCUUCACAGUUUUAGAGAUCCAGACAGCAACCAGUUCACAAAACUAGUCAUAAAUAAACAAACAGGCCAUGUCUUUCUUGGUGCCUUAAACAGACUUCAUAAACUAACACCUAAUCUAGAAAUAAAACAUAGUGCUUCUUCAGGACCAAGAAUGGACAACCCCAAUUGUCCCCCUCCAAUUAUGCCUUGUUCGGAGGAUAAAGUGGAAUUGAACAGUCAAAUAAAGGGAUUAGUAAUCGACUAUUCAUCUAACUCUUUAAUAAUGUGUUCAUCAUUGUUUCAUGGAUCGUGUCAGAUAUUAGCUUUAAACAAUAUUACCCAUGUCAAGAAGUUCGUUCAUAGACCUUUAGUACCAAAUAAUCAUUUUCAAAGUUUUAUGUUUAUAGCUCCAAGCAUCAACAAUAGUCAGGCUUUAUAUAUUGCUAAUACUUACAGUAAUUACGGUAAUAAAGCUUAUCGUGAUUUAGUGCCCAGCAUCAGUAGUAACCAACUCGAUAGCCUAGAUCUCAUGUAUAGGGACUCACAGGGUGCUACCAAACUAAGCAUCCGAAAACAGUAUCGGAAAAGCUUUAUUGUUCGACAUUUAUAUGGAUUUUCUACUGGAAAGUUUGUUUAUUUUGUCACACUGCAAAAAGAAAAGCCUGGAUCUAAGAAAUUUGUGAGUAGAAUUAACCGGUUGUGUCAGACGGAUAAAUAUUUCCGUUCUUUUGUGGAGGUACCUCUUCAGUGUGAAGGACCAAAUGGUGAAGCUUAUGAUAUUUUUGAUGGUGGUCAUUUUAAAAAUGAUGUACUCUAUGCCAGUUUUUCUGAUACAUUCAAUACGAAUGAUAAAACUAAAGCAGCCAUAUGUAAAUAUUCCAUCCAGGAUAUUGAUGCCAUGUUUGAUGAGACAGUUACCAAUUGUUACCAGGGUAAUGGUAAAAUAGGACCAGAGCAUUAUAUACAGAAACAUGACUGUUCACCCUCGACGUCUGGCGUUGAUAUGUGUGGUGGAUCUAUUUUAGCAGAUAAUUAUACUUCUAUAGAAGGAAAUAAACCAAUCAAAUCAUCACCGUUAUAUAUAUUUACCAAUCAUGAAAGACCAAGUUCUCUUAUAGCACGUAAAGAAGGCCAACACCAAAUAAUUUACAUUGGAACGCAGACUGCAACUUUGACAAAGCUACUUGUAGAAAAUAACAAGGCACAGAUACUAGAUCAAAUAGUUGUUAGUGUUGGUGAUAUGAUAUUACAAAUGGCUGAAAGUAAAAAAGCAGACGAACUUUAUGUUCUAACUAUGAAUAAGGUAUCAUUGGUAUCAACAUAUCAUUGUAAUAAACAUUUAACAUGCGAUAGUUGUAUGAAAGAUGGAGAUAAUACUUGUGGUUGGUGUAUCCUUGGCAACAGAUGUACCACAGAGCAACACUGUCAAUCAUCAGCUAUAAGCCCUCAUUGGUUACCUAAAUCUGACCAAUCAUGUGCCUCCAUUUCAAACGUUAAUCCAACCAUAUUAAGCUAUGAAAGCUUACAAAACAAUGAAGUUUCAAAUGAGAUUCAGUUUAAAUUGGGCAAGUUGAGUUUGAGUGAAGAUCACAAUAUGGAGCUAAAAUGUAUGUUUGUAAAUGGUAUAAAUAAACAUGGUACAACAGCUGUUUUAAAAAAUAAUUAUAUAACAUGUCCGUUACCUGAUGAACAACAGUUACCAAUUAUACCAAAGGGUAAGGAUCAUGAAGAUUUUGAACUAGAGUUUCAUGUAGCAGGCAAGAUGAUUGUAAAGAGAGAUUUAUCUAUAUUUGAUUGUAGGGGUAAUAACAAUUGUACAAGUUGUGCUAGUAGUCAGUUUAAUUGUCAAUGGUGUUAUUCUAGUCAUAGUUGUAUUAAACAGACAUCAUCAUGUCAACAGGGGAAUGGUUUUACUACAACAGAUAAAUGUCCACGUCUAGAGACGUCUGCUACUGAUACUGAUAUAUUAGUACAUUCUGGUGAACAGAAAACAAUAUCUGUACAAGUCAGGGCAUUACAGGCGGAUCAGAAGAAGAAUUUAAAGUGCCAUUUUGAUUUAUCGGGUAAAAUGCAAUCUGUGUCUGCUCGAAUAUCAUCAUCUACAUUAACAUGUGAAACCGUACAAUUAGCGUAUGCUGAUGAUAUACCAUAUGUAUUAGCUGGUUUUAAAGUUACCUGGGGAAAAGAUAAUAAUCCUCUAGAUAAUCCACAAGAUAUGAAUGUUCGUAUUUAUAAAUGUCCGUCUAUGGUAACUAAUUGUGGUAAAUGUUUAAGUCUAGAUGUAGAAUAUGAUUGUGGAUGGUGUGAGAAUACAUGUACUCUACAGAAAAACUGUUCUAGAUCAUGGUUAGAUCAAUCAGAAACUUGUCCUAACCCCCAGAUUUUACGGUUUAGUCCUAGUACUGGACCUAUACAAGGUGUAACACAGAUAGAAGUUAAUGGUUUAAAUCUGGGUAAACAAUUAUCAGAUAUAAUAUCAGAUGUAACUGUAGCAGGUGUAGAAUGUGUCGUCAUGCAGGAUCAUUAUGAACCUUCUUCUGGGUUUAAAUGUGAAACUAAAGCUGUAAAUACGGUGAAAUCAGGAAAUAUUAAAGUUAGAGUAGAUAAAAAAUAUACAGCAGUAUCUGAUACCAUGUUUGAAUUUGUGGAUCCUCAAGUAGAUGGUUUUACGCCAGUAUUAGGACCAAUGUCUGGUGGUACUAAAGUUAUUAUAACAGGUUUAAAUCUAGAUACUGGUAGUAGAACAGAAGUUAUAGUAGGUGGGGCUACAGUACCAGUUAUAAGGUCGAAUAUGACAGCUUUAGAAUUUAAAACACCAAUGAAAUCAAGUUCUGGUGAAAAAGCUAAUGUUGAAGUAGAUUUUGGUGGUUAUAGAAAAAGAGUUGAUAAUAAGUUUACAUAUACACUAGAUCCAGCUAUAACUAUGAUAGAACCUAAACGCAGUAUAUUAAGUGGAGGAACAACAAUUACUGUAAUGGGAACAAAUUUGAAUUUAAUUCAAGAGCCCAAGUUUUUUACAACAUAUGGUGGUCUUAUUUAUUCUAGUGCAUGUCUUCAACAGAAUGAGUAUAUGUUAUAUUGUAGUGUACCAGGUAUAAAUGCUGCAGGUGUUAAUGUAACUGAUACUAAUCCACUAGAAGUACAUUAUGGUUUUGAUAUGGAUAAUGUUAAAUCUUUACGAAAUAUCUCUCAUAAUUUUGCUUUUGGACCAAUGUUAUAUUUUCCUGAUCCAAGUAUUUAUAAAUUUGGAGGAGAGGAUGCCACCAAGAAAUAUAUCCAAGAUGAUUUGUUAGCUAUACCGGGCAAGUUCCGUAGUGUUAACCCUCUGAUGUCCAAUGUAAUAGUGUAUGUAGGAUCUGAUAAAUGUGAGAAUGCAGCAUCAACUGAUUCAGCUAUAACAUGUGAACCACCAGAGAAACCUUCUGGUAUUAAUAGUAAUGGAAAAGCUGUAGUGGAGUUACGUAUUGGUAAUUUGAAGUCUGAUGUAGGAUAUUUACAGUAUUAUGAAGUAGAUAAUACAGAGAAACCUAUAGCAUUAGGUAUUAUAUUAGGUGUUGUUCUACCUAUUAUAGCUAUUAUAGCAUUACUAGCAUUCUGUGUUAUUAAAAAACAUCGUAAACAUGGUCCUAGUGAGAACUAUAUACCAGAUGUAUUAAAGGAUUAUGAAGGACAGAAAGAAGAUGUAGAAAUUGGUUUAAAUCAUGUUUCUGUUAAAGCUGAUAUGAAUGGACUUACUGAUGAGAAAGAUUGUGCACCACAUAUUGCUGAGUUAUUGAGUAAAUUUGAAGAUAAUGCAGUUCGUCAGAAUAUAUCUUCAUUACUUGUACCACGUAGCAAAUUAGAUAUUGGUGAACUUAUUGGCAAAGGUAAUUUUGGUGCUGUAUAUAAAGCACAAUAUCAGAGAACUACAGAAGAAAAACAGGUACAAGUUGCUGUUAAAACAUUACAAGGUAAAGGUACAGAAAAUGAAAGAUUAGAGAAUUUUCUACAAGAUUGUGUUAUAUUAAAAGAUUUACAACAUCCUAAUAUACUGACAUUAGUUGGUGUAUGUAUAACGGCUAGUGAUGAUCCUAUAUUAAUUAUGCCAUUUAUGGCAACAGAAGAUCUUAAAAGUUUCAUCAGAGAACCUUCUAAGAAAUUGACAGUAUUGGAGUUAUUAGAUUUUGGAGUACAGAUAGUAAAAGGUAUGGUGUAUUUAGAAGUAGUACAAGUUGUUCACAGAAACUUAGCUGCCAGAAAUUGCAUUGUAACAGAAGAUAUGAAGAUACAGAUAACAGAUUGUGGUAUAACUAAAAGUCUGUUUGAUAAAGAUUAUCUAAUUGAUGGACAGACAACAUCUCUUAUAAAAUGGAUGGCACCAGAAAGUAUAGAAAACUUUACAUUCUCUAAUAAAUCAGAUGUGUGGUCGUAUGGUGUUGUAUUAUGGGAAUUGUUAACAAGGGGAGUAACUCCCUAUCCUGAUGUGGUAAAUUCUGAUUUAGUUCAGUAUUUACAGAGUGGAAAGAGAAUGAAGAAACCUAAACAAUGUACACAACCUAUAUUUGAAUUGAUAGAGAAAUGUUGGUGUGAGUCACCAGAUGAUAGACCAAACUUUUCUACAUUAGACACACAACUACAAAUAUUAAUUACUAGUGAUGACAAAUCAACAGACGACACAGAGAAUAAACCACUAUUAAACGCUGUUGAUAUUGGUGGAUCUACAGAAUACUUAGAAGUUAUUGGCUAAAAGGUCUUUAGUAAUUAAUAUUAGCUUAUUUUAUAAAAGACCCUUUAAACUAUAAGAACUUAUUUAGAAGCUGUUUAGAGAGUUGUUAGCAUAGAUUGCUAUGCAAGUUGAACAUUGGCUUUUAUACAGUACGUCCUUUCCAUCAUGUUGAUGUACUUGGAAAUUAAUGUUGAUGAUUUAAACUGAUUUUCAAAAUUUAAAAAGAAAUUGAUCAGGAUUGAGAUGUGUAAUGAUAGUAGAUUAUAAAUGUUCAAGACGAUUUACAUACAUUUAAAAAUCAACCAAUAUAUUUUGACUGAUGUGUUAUAUUUUGUUUUUACUGAUGUGUUACAUUUUAUUUUUACUGAUGUGUUACAUUUUAUUUUUACUGAUGUGUUACACUGAUUAGAAUGAAAUGGGCUAGAUGUGUCAGAUGCUAUAUAUCCAAGUUAGAAUACAGUGGUUAUUGCCAAAUAUAUAAACAUUUGUAUGAUCACAGUGAACAGUGUAUUGGUGCUUUAAAUGGUUUUAUUUUUUAGAACUUUUUAUAUAAUUUAGGAUUUAUUUUAUUUUGUUUUAUACAUUUAGAUCUGAUUUUAUAGUUUAUUUGUUUCUAUUAGAUUUAGAUUGCUACCUCUUUGUUUCUUUCAUUUUUUUUUUUUUUUUCUCAUCAUAUGUCAUGUUUUCUGAUAUUUUAAAUUGGUGUUCAGUUUAUACCCUCCAUUUGAUGUGCUCGUGAUUGUUGUUACAAUAAUCAAAGGAAUAUGUCUGUAGUAAAAGUCGGAUAGUUCCGAUGAACUCUUAUUUUUACAUUAUGACAUUCAGCAAUGCAGAAUCUCAUUUAAGUGACAGAUCAUAGUAAUUUUAUAACUUUAGAUUUGAAGGUUGCGGGAUUUGAAUCUAUGUUUAAGAUAACAUGCUUCCACCCCCACAAUUGCUUUUAAAACAAAAGCAGUUGUAGAGCAAUAUUGUAAGGGUGUGCUUGAUAUUUCUAGAACACCUGAUACCACAUCACACUUUUCUUGUAUUGUGUAUUUGACAUGCUGAUUAAAGACAUUGUAUGAAACUGUCACUUUAAGUUUUUUGUAUAGUAUUGAUAUUUGUGCCAUAAUAAUAACAUUGUAAGUAUACCAUGUAAAUAAUUGUAUAACUUUAUCAGCAUAAGUUUAAUGUUUGUUACAUAUUGUCAUCUUUAUAUUAUUUUUUAUGCAUCUAAAGGGAAAGUGCUGCAUAUUCCCUCUUAGAUCUGUCUACAUUCUCACUGGACUACAAUCCAAAGUAUAGAUGAUCAAAUUGGUAAACUUUAAUUUCUUAUCUAAGAUAGUUUUUAUGUCCGACUUGUCUACUUUUAUACCUAUUAGUUUUAUAUUCAUUUCAGCAAUGAUUUAGAAUACUUAUAUUGUAAUGCUUACUGGAACUUGCCAUACCUCCGUCCAUAAUUUUGUUGUCAUUUUUUAAAAUCUGAAUUUGUCCAAUCGAAUUAGAUAUCUUUAAAUUUUUAAACAUUUUUAGUACAUACAAUUGAUACAUCAUUUGGAUUAAGCAUUGUAAGAUUUAAAAUUGAAUGUAGUAAUGUAGACUAUUUGAAGGGGUAUGUAUUACAUGUAAAUAGAGUACAGAGCAUAUCUGUUGCAGGUAAUGUAAAAGUGACUUAAUAUAAGGCUCCAUUAUUGCAUGGAUUUUGCAUAAAGCAAAUUACAUAGAGUUUUAGAAGCAAGUCAGUUGAUUAUAUAAAGUUAAUUUUUGAUCAGAACCUUUGUUUUAAUCAGAGUAACUGAGAGAAUUAGUUUCGGAAGUUAACUUAAUGAAAUUGUUUGCUGAAAGUUAUUUUUGCAAUGGACAGUGUAUAAUGUACUUGUAGAUAAUAUUUUGCUCAAUAAUUAUAAAUAUUAUAAGAAUGUUGUGUUAUAAUUGUGAUGUUUAUAUAUCAACUAUAGUGAGUAGUUUAUUGUGUAAAACUGUAUUAUAUUGUGUCAUUUUUUAUUAUAUUAGAAUUUGUGAUAAACCUUUAUACUUAAUAUAUGCAUAAUAAACUGUUGUAUGUGUUGCUUUGAAGUUCAUCCUGCAGAUUUCAUUGUUUUUAAACAUGACUCAUCAACCAGUACUUAUGUUUUAUAUUUUAAACAACUUACUUUUUAAUACCAAACAAUUGUUUUCAAUUUUAUAAAUAGCAGUUGUACUGCUUUUAACAAUGUAAUUAUUAGUAAGAUAUUUUUGGAAUAUUUGUUUCAUUUGUAAAUCAAACUUAUUCAUGAUUCUACAGAAGGGGGUUAAUGCUAUAUUCAUAUGAAUUGAUUGUAUCAAAAUUUAAAAUUCUUGUCAACCGAUCCCUAUGGCACCCUAUGGCACCGGUAUUGUCAGGAAUUAUUCUCUUAUUUUUUGUAUGAAUUUUUUCAUUUGAAUCUGCUGAUUUUCACAAAUAUUUUUUCUGGUCAAAACUAAUGAUAUUGUUGAUUUUUCUUACCAUUAUAUAUGACUAUGUUGUAAUAUAAUUUUGUGCAAUGAAGAAUUAUACAGUUACCUCUCCUUAAGCCAUAAUUUUCAGUAAUAAUAAUCCCCCCACCCCCGCCAGUAAUUGAGAUAAAAUCUUGGUGCUAAAACUGACCAGUUUAAACUGUACAGAUAUCAUUCACCAAGCUUACAUAAUGUACUACUUAUUUAUUAUCUUUUACAUUUAUCUGCUUUUAAUGAAAUAAAAAUGGAGCUUUUAUGAU